AUGUGCACCCUGGUUUUAAAAGUCACCAAAUUCACAGACGAGUCAACGCGCCUCGUGGAAGGUCUAAUUGACCGGCUAGAAGAGAUCAACGCAGACAACGACACGCACUCCCUCCUGCCCUUUCUGCUGCGCCCCCCACCGCCCUUCUUCACCCGCUGGAUCCACUCCACUGCCGCCUCUGCCUUCCUCCGCCCCGCCCUCCCCCAUGCCUGCUUCUCCUUCCGUCCCGGUGCCGUCGCCCCGCCUGUGCUGGGCCUCCAAGGCUUCAUCCUGCAGAGCAUAGGGCCGGAGCAUGGGACGGAGGGAAGGGGUCGACCAGGACUGGUGGCUCUGGACGAUGGUGAGUGGUGCAGGGCGGUGGUGAGUGGCAAGGAGGCGAGGGUUUCAGAGUGGAAGGGGUUGCUUGCGCGUUGA